AUGUCUAGUACAGAAGUCGGUGGUGAUGAUCACGUGGUAGCGUAUUGUGAUCCUGGUGGACCAAACUUCCAACGUAUAUAUGUAAAAUUCCAUGGCUAUAUAGCACUUAUAAUAUGCCUCCUCGGAUCUGUCGCCAACUCCGUCAAUAUUGCCGUACUUAGUCGAAAGGAAAUGAUCUCCUCCACUAAUUCUAUUCUUACAGCGCUUGCUUUUGCCGACCUUCUAGUUAUGAUAGAUUAUAUACCGUUAGCUCUUCACAUAUAUACUAAUAUCGCAGAAGCCCUUAAUCGAAAUUCUUAUGCGUGGGCUCUUUUUGUAUACUUCCAUUCCAUGUUCAGUCAAACUUUUCACACUAUAUCAAUUUGGCUAACGAUAACAUUGGCAAUAUGGAGAUUUGUGGCAAUUAAAUUUCCUCAGAAAAACAAGACACUAUGUAAUAGAAGAAACACGAAUAUAGCUAUAGCAGUUGCUUACAUUAUUUGUCCGAUUGUGUGUCUUCCAAUUUAUUUUGCAAUGACUAUUCAGGAACUACCUACAAAGAGUAAAGAAAGUGAUAAUAGUACAAUAAAUGGAACAAAUUUUGCGAACGGUUCAGAAAUUGAAGAACCAAAGUAUGCAAUAUCUAUGACUCAAAAUGAAAAUUUGCUAACUGCUAUAUUUUGGAUUUAUAGUGUUUUUCUAAAAUUAAUACCUUGUAUAGUGCUAUCCAUUUUAAGUGUAUGUCUUAUAAUGAAAAUGAAAUCAAGUGAUAGAAGAAGACAACAACUGCUAAAAAAAAGUGCUAUAACAACAAAUGAGGGCGAAAAAGCUCGUCUUAACGAAGACAACAGCAAGCGUACUGCCGGCCGGACAGAUCGUACGACGCGUAUGCUCGUAGCUUUGCUGGGGCUGUUCCUCGCAACUGAACUUCCCCAGGCCUUGUUCGGUCUGCUUACCGCCAUUGCACCUCAUCUUUUUCAAGUAUGCUACUAUGCAUUUGGUGAGGUGAUGGACUUGAUGGCGCUAGUUGGAUCCGCCGUGAACUUCGUUCUCUAUUGCAGCAUGAGCCGACAGUUUCGUUCUACAUUUACACGGCUGGCAGGCAAACUGCGACCUUCGCUGGUCCACCAGGACAGCGAGCGCGCCACCACCACCACAACAGUCAAAACG